AACAAGGCGGCAUUUCACGCAGCUUUGCAGACUGUAGAGGGCUACGAGUGGCAAGAGUUUAUUCUCAAGAGCCAAGAUUACGGCUUGCCCCAGCACCGGGUGCGCUUGUGCAUCGUUCUGUUGCGCAAGGGGCAGACGCGUUGCGAGAUCCUGUUCGUAAAGAGUAGGAAGGCAAGGGCGAGCUAUUUGAAGGCGUGGCGCAAGGUGACUGGGAAUCCGACAUUAAAGCGGGUGCCCAAUUAUUGGCGCCUUGUGGGUUCUAAGAAGGUCCAGGUGUGCCCCGAGGUGUCGGGAUCCCCAAGCAAGCGUAAACUCCUGACGGUCUUGUCCGAAGGGCGUAACUUGAUGAAGCCGAACGUUAUCCUGAACACGUCGCAGUCCGCAGGGCGGCACCAGCUCCGGGAUGACGGUCUAGUUCCGACAUUGUCCCACACGUGCGGCGGGUUAUUCGCCCCUGCGUUCGGCGCUGCUUUGUCCCCAGCGCAGUGCCUGGCGCUCCAGGGGCACGCGGGGGCUUUACCGCUCGAGCGUUUCAGCCGCAGCGAGAUAUACUCCAUGGCUGGCAUGGCCAUGUCGGUCCCAGUCGUGGGCGUGAUUAUGACUGCAGUG